AUGGCCGCUGCCAUCACCAGCUGGGUGCUCAACCCAAUCCAAUCUUUGACAAUGUCUCGACCACGUACUCGCAAAUUAUGGUGCGCUGUCCCUGGCAAUCUUAGGCGGCCAUUCUCUAUAGAGUGUGUUGCAGACCAAGACGAUAUUGAGACACUCAUGAAGAAGAUUUUGGACCAUGCACCAGCACAUGCCAAGAAAGAUGCAUCUGACUAUGGCGAUCUCAUCCUCUACAGCCCUGUGGUGCAACUCAAUCAUGAAGAGGAGUUCAGGAUUGAUGAUGGUGAAUUCUUACAUCCACGCCGAAUGAUCACGUCCAACCCACUCUUCCCCGAAAGCAAGGAUUCAGAUGUGGAUAUUGUUGUUGUUGUGAGCGGAGAUACCACUACAUGGAAACGGAAGCGCUCUGAAUCACAAAGUGUGAAUGUACCUUGGACACAUCCCAUCACAGAGAAUCAAUUGAUAUGCCCUCGAGAGCGUACAGUGUCGAAACUUGCGGCUAUUUUGGAUGAAGUGAAUAUAGUCCAUGUGCGUGGAACUCCAGCCAGUGGGAAAACACGUCUCUCUGAACUUUUGAGAGACUACUAUCGCAAAGAGGGAAGAAAGGCUUUCUUAAUCAAGAAAUGGGAGGAACUUGACUCUGAAGAUCCUUGGGGCAGUCUUAUUGAGCUUGUCAAAAAAAAGAAUAAGGAACUAGAAGGUGUCUCCACUAGUUUCCCUGUGACUUCAUCAAAAUCUGAACAUGAUCUCUCUUGGGUUUUGACAUCAAACACUGUUAUUAUUGUGGAUGAGGCACAGGCGACCUACAGUGAUGAUACGCUCUGGAACACAAUCCUCAAAGAGAGACAGACUCCUACCUAUAUUUAUAAAUUUCAACUAUGUCUUUUCUGCUCUUACGGCAGUCCGGCAGCAGGUCCAGAUCAAACAUUCUUCACUCCAGUCAAGCUUGCUAACCAACAAUGCAUCUCACUGACACCACAAAGCCAGCAAGACUCACCACCUAUUGGUCUAUUUUAUGACAAAGAAGAGUUCAAGGAUGUCGUUUCACGGUUGCUUACAUUUCAAUAUGAAGAGAGGUUCAAAUUCGAUGAAGGUGCCCUGGAGUAUAUAUUUGCAGUAUCAAGUGGCCAUCCAGGAGCAGUGACAUCCAUAGUUGAUGUAGUUUAUGAGACCUAUCGCCACGACAUCAAGCGUGGACAUAUAAGGACCUUGACAGAAGAUCAUGUCAUCUGGUUCCUGGAGGACACUGCCACAGUCUUUGAGAAGCUAAGCAUCAAGCCAGUUAAUCGCUCCUUUCCAUGUAUAUCAAGAGCCACAAAUGGAAUCUCCAACACGUUGUGCAAAAUCGCAGAAGAAGGGAGUAUUCCAUUUGAUAUCAAUGAUCCAAGCAUCAAGUUCUGUUAUCAGAAAGGUUGGAUUCACAGGGUAGCUCUGGAUGGUGAUGAUAUUGCAGUUCUGCCAUCACGCUUACAUGAAAAAUACAUCGAAUAUUUUAUUGGCACAAUUCCAAUAACCCUGCCUGCCAGAUUUGAGUCACUACCAAAAUUGUGUAAAGAGAUUCUCCGUGAAUUCUCCAUCAGGAUCUUGAGGCGUUCAGCUGAGGGCAAAAAAAUAUCAACUGCAUCACAACCCAGACCUGUGGAAGCCCAAUACCAAGAUGAAUUCUACAGUGGAUUCACCCGUGUAGCAGGGCGAGGUGUAUCGAUAUCCAGUGAAUGGUCAAGAACUAAGGAUGGUCGAGUGGAUUUCUAUAUCCCAGAAAAGAAAUGGGCGAUUGAAUUGUUGAGAGAUCAUGAUAAAGUUGAUGAACAUAUCUCUCGAUUCAAGGAGGGUGGCAAAUAUCAUGCCUGGCUGAAGGAGAAGAUGAUUGAGGAUUGGAUCAUAAUUGACUGUGCGACUUCUCUACCAACCAAAGAGUUCUCUGAGCCUAAGCUGUGGCAUGCUGUAUUCAUCAAUGAUUAUUCUGAAUUGCAGUUGUAUAACUAUCAGAAAGUUCUUAUGAUGUCUGUGCAUCUAAGAAAUUGA